AUGCAGGAGUCGGCCUCACUGAAUAUAAACCGUUCCCUACCACUCAACCCAGGCAAAACCACGACAUCGUGUUCACUUGCGAUUCAACUGGCUAAAGUCCGCAAGUCCGUGCUACUCAUCUCUACGGACCCCGCACACAACUUGUCCGAUGCUUUUGGCCAGAAGUUCUCCAAGGACGCGACGAAAGUGAACGGGUUCGAUAAUCUGUUCGCGAUGGAGAUCGAUCCCACGAGCUCAAUACAAGAAAUGGUCGAGCAAUCGGACACGAACGGCAUGAUGGGGUCCAUGAUGCAGGAUCUUGCAUUCGCGAUCCCUGGUGUCGACGAAGCGAUGAGCUUUGCUGAGAUCAUGAAGCAUGUCAAGUCUAUGGAGUACUCUGUGAUCGUAUUCGACACCGCACCGACGGGACACACCUUGCGUUUCCUCUCGUUCCCGACGGUUCUCGAGAAGGCUCUGGGCAAACUGAGCUCUCUUGGCUCGCGAUUCGGACCUAUGAUCAGUCAGAUGUCAAGCAUGAUGGGUGGGGAAGCCGGAUCCCAGGAGGACAUGUUUGCGAAAUUGGAAUCCAUGCGUGAAGAAAAGACCACAUUCGUCUGCGUCUGCAUUUCCGAGUUCCUUUCUCUGUACGAAACCGAGCGUUUGGUCCAAGAAUUGACGAAUUACGAAAUCGACACACACAACAUUGUGGUUAACCAACUUCUGUUCCCCAAGGAGUCGAACAACUGCGAACAUUGUACGGUUAGGCACAAGAUGCAGCAGAAGUAUCUGAACGAGGCACACGAGCUUUAUGACGAGUUCUUCCACAUCGUCCAACUCCCGUUAUUGACAGAGGAAGUGAGAGGGCCGGAGAAGCUGAAGGAGUUUAGCAAAAUGCUUGUAGAGCCCUACGUUCCACCCGUGAACUAG